AUGCAUAGGGCAACGGGCAGGUCAUCGGACGAGUUCUCGGUCAGCUUUCCACCGGCAGCUUUGAAGGGUUUCGAGUCGAGCCACAACUCGUUAACGGGUAAUAAUUAUAACCUUGACAAUGGACUCAUUUCAAAUGAUGAUGUCUCUAAGAAGGUCAUGUCUUUGAAGGCUUCACCAGGAGCAGAAAAAGCCAUUCAUUUGAUUCCAUUGGUUUUGUUUCUUUGUGCUUUGGUACUUUGGUUGUUUUCAAGUCAUGUCACCAAAAAACCUGCAGUGAUUUCUUGA